GAGCGCACGAAGACCGCCGUGGGCCCUGUCAUGGCGGAGCUCCUAGAGUCGAUCGAACACGAGGAAGACCCGAUCCUGGUGCACGUCGCGAUGCAGGCCGACAUGGUCAGCUUCGCGGCCGGGAUCGUCUCCGCCUGGGACUUCCAGCACCAGAGCGACGCGACGUUCUCGAGCAUACACAAGCAGAUGCUGAAGUCAGCAGAGUCGCAGGCCGUCACCGGACGCUGGCGCUCCCUCACACGGCAGUACUCGAAGCAGCGCCUGUACAAUGGCCGAGACCUCGCCGAAGGCUUCACAGCUCAGCUCGCGGAGCGCCUUGCGGACAUCCUGCUCGUUGCCGGUGCGAGUCCAGCUGCGGUGCGCACGCCGUCCACCCAGCAGAGCCUCGAGACGGUAGUGCGCAGUGCACUCGCGCUGCAGGAGGCCGUAGGCGAAGGCAUCACCUCACACGAUCUCGAGGUGGUGCUGGUGCGUAUGGACGAGGUAUUCGACUCGUCGCGGAUGGAGGAUGUGUAUAGCGACGGCGGCGAGGGGGCAGCGGGAGCACAUGUGGAACGGGGCGGGGGCGAGCCGGAGGAUGAGAGACUGCACGUGCUGUGCACGGCGGCGCUGGGGCUGCGGCGAUGUGAGAAGCCGAGGGAGGGGCUGGGGGACGAGCUGCAGGUGUCGGUGCUAGUGAAACCCAAGGUCGUACUAGAGACGUUCGUGUAUGAGCUU